AUGAGCGGUACGUUCGACCCCUUCGAGUACGCUUCACAGGUAUACAGCAAAGCCGAUGUGCGCUCCCCGCUCAAGCAGCUCCUAUUUGAGGUGGGACUGUGCGAGAUCCUCGUCGUCCUUGUGGUCGAUGUCGCGGCAGACGAAGGACACGUCUGCACUCGCUGCAUUGCGCUCGCUGCAAUCCGCAUGGCAGACCAAGAGGGGACGCCACAGUCCAAGGUGCUAGUCGAAACGGCUCAUCAAGCCGUCGAUGCAUUCAACCCCGAUGAUGAAGAUGCGCGCGCUUGGUGCUGGACCAGUGCACUCUGGUAG